GAGAAGUUCCGCAAGAAGGAGAAGUUAGUUGUCCAUUACAGUCAGCAUUAGCAUCAGGUUGGCCAGUAUUCGUAAAAGUACAAGACGUAGUGUUGGUAGCGCAGCUUCCACAUUUUAUCGUACAAGGGAUGGUACCUGUACAGCCAGAAGUGACACGAGGAAAGAGGUGUUUAGGCGAAUAUGCCAGAGUGACAGUAAAAUAA